GAAAGAAGAAGAAGAAGAAGAAGACGAAUCGGCCAUCAACACCGACAAAAGCGGAAGUAAAAGACACCUUGUUGUUAUGCGCUGAAAUGGCAUCAUCAUAAAGUUUUAAACUUUUUAUGGUCAUUUUGAAGGAAGAAAACCCUCUCUUUUCAGCACUUGGAACUUCCAGUUGUUGCUGCUGUGUGCUUUUGCAGUGCAUCAUAAUGGAGGCUAUUUGGAAUUUGAUUUUGGCUUCAACUUUUAUAGUUGUACUUUAUGAAGGAGCGUUCUGCCAGGGUAUUCCUUCUGGUUUUGUGUUACUAAACCAACCGUACACAUUCCCCGUUAACGCCAGCGGCUGUCAUCAUGCUGAAUGGAGAAAGAUGCCAGGCACCACUAUCGCCACAUACAAAAACCAUGUGUGCGUGACUGCCAAAGGUCUUGAGGAAGACUUCACGUGUGAACACAGCCACCUGCUUCUCAUAUCAUCACAAUACACUAACCAGGGGCUCUACGAGUUCAUCUGUAAUGGGGUUAAAACUUCACUUAUUCUGGAUGUUUUAUAUGCUCUAUAUAAGAGUGUAGAAGAAACGGACAACAUCACUCUGAACUGUUAUGCGCUCAGUGCCCAAGAUGUGACGUGGCUGCAUGACAACGAAAGAGUUUUGUACUAUAAGAUGGACGGAUCUGUGAAUCCUGGCAAAGGCUUCGAGAGAAGAGCCAUGCUGGCAAACAACUGCUUCAAAACCGGCAAUUUCUCUUUGACCAUCACACGUGUUCGCAAGGCAGAUGCUGGAUUAUACCGCUGCUUUGUGGAUAGUGAAACGGUUAAAGGAAACCCUCACGCCUAUGUGCUGGAUGUGAACGAGAAAAACUCAGAUCCAGGAGACCAGACACACUCCAGCUGCAACGAAGCAAUUCUGAUCGUGCUCACUGCAGUUUUGGGGCUCAUCUCAGGGAUAAGUGUGACAUGUUUGAUCAAAAUAAAACUACGUGAUCGUCAAUCCAUGUCCACCAGUGAGCGUGACACCACUGAGACUGACCAUAUGCUGAGAUCUGCUAUGAGCACAGCUUCACCUGUCAGUGAGAGUCAGUCUGUGGUCACUCAUCCUGUUCAGGAGAGCGAGUCCAUGGGAGAAAAGCCUUCCAACACCAGGCCUAUCUUGUAGUCUGGUGAAACGAGGCCUGUGAAGAUACGGUCAGCUAGGCCUGUUUCACACUGCAAGCUGAAGAGCUUUCACAACAUUUCUGCUGAAUAAUAAACUGCAAUCAAACAUUGAUUUACUGGAGCCAACUUUGAUUGCUGUGAACUGAAUUCACUUGAGAAGCAGGAGCACAUUUACAUCCACACAGUGAUGACUGUAAACUAUCCAUUUUAAAUAUUACUCACUCCAGCAUGAAGUUUUUCUUUACUGUAAAAGACUGUUUUAGUGGUUUUAGUGUGUUUGUGUGUGGAUGAAAGAAUGCCAACAUGUUAUUUAGCAGCAAAUUUGUUUGUCAUAUUUCCUUGCAGUCAGUGUUGUAGGCUUUGAUUAAUUUGCUGUUGCAGGGACUUAACUUAAUAUGAUAUGACGAAUCAGUUUUUGCAAUGUUCACACAGUGCAUUAAUGUCAUUGUUCCUGAUCACAUUUACAUUUAUGCAGAUGCUUUAAUCAAAAGCAACUUACAGUGCAUUCAGGUUAUACAUUUGUUUUUACCAGUAUGUGUGUUCUCUGGGAAUUGAACCCACAACCUUCUGUGCUGCUAACACAAUGCUCUACCAGUGAGCCACAGGAACAAUCAUUAAAAACCUCAUGCAUGAAGGGACUUCACAUACAGUAUAGCUCCUGUUUAGCACUUUUCUGACUCCGUGGCCAUUGCUAUUUCAUAUAUUCUCUGUUAUUUCUGUCAUAUGGAUUUCAUGUUUUUUUUUUUCUGUUUAAUGUGUACAGCUUUAUAUUUGUCGAGAGUGUUCAAACCUUUUUCUAGUUGUUAUAAUAGUGGUUUCUGGUGCUGACUGAAUUAUAAGGUUGUACUAGCAAACCAAUGGAAGGAUUUACGAUUAAUAAAAUAAAUAAAAUACAUUUUGAUCUUAAGCAAA